CAAGAUUAAAAGCUGUAACAGGAAAUGUACUUGUGGGACAGAGACCGAAUGCAGAAUACAAGCGUUUAUUUGCUCACAUUCUACCUUCAACAGUAACAGCAAUCAGUAAUUAACCAGAGGGUAUCAGUGAUUUUGUCAUGAAAAAGAAGAAGAGCUGAAUGUUGAGGAUAACAACUUGGAUGCUGAAGAAAAACCCUGAUGGUGGGAAAGAAAACAUUAUAAGCAAAAUUCAAGAAACAAAAGGAGGAUCAACCGGUGACAUCAGCAUUCAAUGAGACAACUGCCCUGCCUUUUACCAGAUCUUCUAGACCAAUAGCCUGUCUGAAGUCAGGAGAUCCUUCUAGUACCAUGGCCCCCAAUAUUCUCUCAUUUUUCUCCUCUGUAUACUCCAUACAAAUAUUUUCAUGUGCUAUAAUGCUUUGUGUGUUUUAUGAUGUCAAAGGUGAGAGCUCAUGGUUUAACUUGUCUUCUGUACAUCCUCUUCUGGUGCCUUGUAAAUGAGACAAAAUAAGGCAAUUUCUUGUUCAUUAGGGAAUCUCAAUCUGUCUUAAUACUCUCAUUUACUUAUUUGGCUGAUGCCUUUAUCCAAGGUGACUUAAAACAUUUAUGAUGCAAUUAAUACUCCACACUGGUAAACUCCAUACUGCAGCUCAUUAUUUUUCCUUCAAAGGUCUUCAUGUUUACUAUUAUGAAUUUAGGUGUGUUCAUGUAUAUAUAUGUUUAAUAUUGUGAUGUUUUUUUGUUUCAGUUAUUACAUGACACAUUUUAUGUAUAUCCUGUUACAUGUACAAUUACAUUUUGUUGCUUUGAAUGUUAUGCUAUUCCUUGUUCUUUGCGGGAGGAGGACACCCUGACGUCAUGACUACUGAACCCACCCUCUGGCUAUAUAAGUCUGCGAGGAAGGCUCAGGAGUCAGGGAUCAUUCAUUUUUGGUGGAGUUCUAUAAGUAUUGUUUGCUGAUUGAAUUUAUUAGAUGUUUUAUUACUUCUUGCUCUGUGUUUAGGAUUCUGAUUUUAGAAUUAAUUUUGGGCAUUAUUUGCUUGGGAUUAAUUUUAGGAAACAUAUUGUUAAUCUCUUUGCUCUGUUGAGCAUUUUUAUGCACUUUGCUAUUUUUUGUAAAUAUAUCUUUAAUUUAUAAAUAUCCUAUAUUAUAAGGACUGGAUGAAAUACCAGUGGUAGUGGGGAAGAAGGAGUAGAUGUGUUUUGGAAUCUAAUGCAGAAGAGCUAUGAAAUGAAGAGAACACCAGAGUAGUGGAGAAACAGUAAGGUUGUACCUAUUAGUAAGGAGAUGUAAGAUAUUUAGGAUUGUGGAAACUACAGAGGGAUAAAGCUGACGUCAUACACAAUCAUAAUAUAGGAAAUGUUUUUAGAAAAAAGGCUUAGGGAGAGUAUACCAUAGGUAAGGGGCCAUUUGGUUUUUUAACAGGGAGAGGAAUAACUGAUUCAGUCUUUACAUCGAGACAGCUCAUAAAAAAGCACUGAAGAAAAACACAGAUGUUUGUGUAUGGUGUUUAUUGAUUUGGAAAAGGCUUAUGAUAGAAUGCAAAUGUCAAGAGGUCUGGAGGUGCAUGAGUGAGAAACGAGUGCCAGAGAAUAAUAGGACAUUGACCAGGAUAUGUUAUGAGGGAGUGAGGACUCAGUGAGGAGGCAUUGUUGAUGUAACAGAAAAGAUACCAGUUAAAGUAGGUCUGCACUGGGGAUCAUCUUUAACUCCUUACCUCUUUGAUCUGUUAUGAAUAUUGAAAGAGGUAGUUGAAGGAAUAGAAAAGGACCGAAAAAGAUGUAGGAUUGAAGAUAAAAAGGAAAAAGAUAGAAUAUAUCAGGUUUAGUGAUACCCAAUACUCAUACAUUAGCCUGCAGGGAGAGCUAUUGAUAAGAGAUUUGAAAGAUUGGUUAGGAGGUGAAAUACUGAACUAUAUGGAGAUGGUUGAUCAGGCACAUUAACCCAACACAGAAAUGGGAAAUCAAGAAGAAGAUAAUGGGCCUUUUGUUUUUUAUUUUAAUAUAAGGUGAGGGUUUAUGGUCACCCCUUCUCUUGUGAUGCUUUCUUUAGGUGUCUUGCCAGAUUCCUGCUUUUGGGAUCUGCAUGAGGUAUCUGGGGCCAGGCUAAGUUAAGGAGAGGCUAUUCUGGGCAGGACAGUGAAGUUCUUGGGCUGCUUGAGUAACUUCUUUUGGAAGCUUCACAUCUUUGUGGAAGUUUCCACAUCAGUUAUUUUAGAAGCAAAUAUUCAACACAUAACUUAACUGCUAUUGUCUAAUGACUCAUUUUUUUCUAUAAUGAAGACCUCUGCUACCUAAUUCCCAUUCAGCUCUCACAGUUUAACAAGUCUUUGUUUGUCAUUCAAAUGUGAUGCAUUUGUUUUGUUGAAAGAGGGGUCUAUUCUUCACAACUUCCUUUUCCAUUCAGCUUUCCAUUAUUUUAUUUUGUAGUCCAUUCUUCAAAGAUGUCAGAAACUCCUAUUGCAUUGUGCCACUGCAGCUUCAUAACUAAUGCAAGUUCUACCCUUGUAAAAUUGGAGAAAGAGGUCAAGACAUUCCAAAAGACUGUGUUGCUGUACUCGGAUAGAAAAGUCCAGCCCUCCAAUUGUUCUCAUUCUCAGAGUGCAGAGUGCCUUUUAGAGGAGCUGGAAAUGGGGAGCAACUGUUUAAAUUUGAGGCACUUUGAGUCACCACACUAUUUAAACUAUACUGACAAGAUGAAUAGCACUAGGGCUGAUUGGUCUGAAAAAAAGAACUGGACUGUAAAUGCAACAGCCGAGGCACAACUGACAUCUUUUUCAAACAUGAACCCAAAAGAAAUCCACGUCACAGUAAAUAAGACGGUGGUUGUUGAUCUUUUCCAUGAUGUUGUCAUUCCUUGUACCUUCAAUGGAUCCAUUGAGCUACUGAGCUCUUUUGUGUACUGGACAAAGAGGAACUCCUCAAAAACCUCCAUUAUUAUGGCUUAUGAGAAUGGAACCAGGCAGCCUGGGAAAGAAUCCCCAAGUUAUAGGAACCGAACCCAACUUAUGUUUGAUACCACAGUGGGAGACGCCUCCUUGUUUCUAAGGAGAGUAUUGUUGACAGACAGUGGAAGCUAUGUUUGUCGAGUUGGUAGCUUCAAAAGUGGGACCUUUGGUGAAGCAGGAAUGAACCUGACAGUAACUGCAUCUUCAACAACUUUAAUUGUGCAGAAUGAGGACAAGAAUUUGACUGUUUCUUCUUCAUACUGGUUCCCGGCUCCAGAAAUUCUCUGGCUAGAUGACAAAGGCCAAGACAUUACUAACCAUUCUUGUUACCAUAUUACAAACACUGCUGAUGGUUUGUAUCAUAUUACAUCAUGUUUUCAUAUCGGUAAUGCUGACAAGAUGGAUUUUCUCAUCUCUUGCAUCAACCCUGUCAGUAAAAAGAACACAUCAGUCGCCUACAGUUGCAAAGCGACACAUCCUGGUUCUCAGUUAUCCAAACAGACAGCAAUAUUGAUUGCUUUAGGUGUACCUGCACUGAUCUGUUUAGUGAUCGGUAUACUUAUAUGGAAGCGCUACUGUGCAGGAUCAAAGAAAGAUGACCAAAGUAUAGGAGAUAUGGCUUUGAUUAACAACAAUCGAGCAAAUUCAAUGGAAGAUCUUCGAGUAAAUAUGUGAGACGGCCGUUCCUCCUGAACACAGAGGUCAUGAGCCACACUGAGCCAUCUCCACUUGCUUCCUUAACAUGAUGUCAUUGGAUAAAGCUUCUAGUUACCUUUUCUACAUAACAUAUUGUUUUAAAUCUUUAGGCUUAAUCUAAAAUAAUUUUCUUGAUUGUACCAAGAAUUUGACAAUAUUUGACUUCACUUUGACUGUAUAUGUGACAAUGUACCAAAUCAAAUUCAAAUUUAGCUGGAUUUGAUACAGAAGGGAAACAGAAAACCCACUGAUAACUCUCAUAAAAAAUGCUGAGGUAAAGAAGCAAAGUCUACAGGUUUGACCACUGACAUUAGAAUAGAAGAAAUCAGAAACUAGAACAGCUUGCCAACAAGUCAGCACUCAGACUAGUGGUAUCUCCAACAAAAAGAUAUCAUGCUUGACCUAGAGAUUACAGUGGCACUAGAAAUAAUAGUGUUCAUUUUUUUCCUUCUUCAAGGGUCUAUUGAUUGUCCAAAACCCCAAAUCCCAAAAAAUACACAACUCAGAAAAAGGCAAUUCAUUGCCUGUAACUCCUUAAAUGUUCUGGUAGUGUUAGGUGAAGGGACUCAGGGCUUCUCCACUUUCAUUAAUGUAGAAGAUGGGGGUUGAUUAUAAUGUGUUAUGCUGUUUUUAAAAUAUAUGAGUUUUAUUAAUUACUUUAACAUUAAAAUGGUCAUCUUUUUUUAAAUUAAAAAUAUUUCAGAGAAAAGGGUGCUAUUAACAUUUCCUUUUGAAGUCCAGACCACAAUGUUAUCUGUUGUGAUCCUUCUUGAGUAUUCUUUUGCCAUCUAUAAACAAAAUAUAUUAUUAUUAUUAUUAUUAUUUGACAAUGUAAACCAUCAGAUCCUGCUUUCCACCCUCUCUAACUGAGGCAUCACUAGGGCUGCUUUAAGAAGGUUUGAUUCCCACCCCUCGCACAGAUCGUGUCAGAUGUCUUGGAGGUGAGAGGUGUCAAAAUUACAUCACAUAAGCACAGGGGUGCCCUAAGGAUUGGUGGUGGGUCCUUUCCUCUUCUUGUAACACACCUCCAUACUAAGUCUUAUUAUUCACUGCCAUGGCUUCUCAUAUCACGGUCUCAGCAAGAAUCUCAGCACGUCUCACUGACUUCUCAGCUUGGAAGAAGGAAAACAGCUUUAACUCAAUCUAUUUAAGACUAAGUUCAUUACCUUUGAACAGUGAGUUUAAAAUUUUAAUUUAGUUGCUUCACAGCACCUCCUUCUUGUUAACAGGCUACCAUUGUCAGCAGUUAGAUUGAGGAUGGUACUUUAUUAUAAUUAAUUUAAAAUCACACGCCUCAUACAGGACCCAAACCAGUCCACACUAAGUGGGUAUGAUGUUUUCUCCAAUCACAAUAUAUUACAAUAUAUUAUAGGUAAUCAUUCACUGAGGGCUUCUAUACUUAGAAGGGGAAAAUUUAAGACAAGUUUUGAGAAACUAAUAGGUAUAUUCUAUUCAUGUGCAAAGUAGCCAAAGAAAUGUACAUUUUUUACAAAAUGUUGGUGAUUAUUUUUCCUGGAAAUUUUUAAGACUUGGAUUGAAUUUUACUUUUUUUGGAUUGAAUUUCUUAGUUAAAUGUUCCAAUUUAAAAUUUUAUCUAUGUAGUCAUUUAUUCAUGAAAACUGAAUUUUUGUUGUUGUUGUUAAAUGAUUAUACUGUAUGAGUCUACUUCAGCAUUUUUUUUUUAAUGAGAAUGAUAAGUGAUAUUUAUGGGCACUAAACACUUAAAAUAACUUUGCACAUCUGAGUAUCAUUCAUCCUUAUGUGGAUUCAAACCUGUGCUCAAUGUUGCCAGGAUGGCCACUGCAACUCUGAAUUGGACUGAGUUAGUCUGAUAGUGUUAUGUUAUUGUAAAUAGCAGUUGCAGUUGUAAAGCUAAUGGCUGAUUUGGAGGUCAUAAAAAAUGUCAAAUAAUGGUGUAAGUAAGCUAGCUGCAAAAAAAGCUGUUUUCCUGCUAUCAGAUAAAAAAUGUACAACAUUACAUGUUUUAAUCCCUUUUUUUUUUUUACUUUUAUGCACUUUGGGCAUCACAGUGUAGUAAGCCCUACUAGACCUAUAGGGGAGUAAGCAUCUUUUAUCUUGGAGCGUUUUCCCCUCUAAAACAAAAAAGUUUUUUAUAUACUGAACAUGGGCGGCACGGUGGCGCAG